AUGGUACUACCCAGCUUCAACGAUGCGCGCGGGCAGUACAGCGUGUUGAGAGAGAAGGUAGACAGUCUACCCUUUCUCCAGCGAGCACGCAUUCGUACCAUCCAAUUCCGCGAGCGGGUCGACAGGUCGGGCCUCUUGGGCAACGCACGCUUUCGCCUCCUCGCCGCAUUCGUUACUCUCGCCUUCGUAUGGCUCGUCGCAGGUAUAAGCAGGACCGCUCCUGCUCCUUCAGCACCAGCAGCACCGGCAGCACCGCCGCCGCCUGUCCUGCCGCCAAUGCCUAUGAUUGAGAUUGCGGACUUAUUACGCGAGACCAAGUCCCUGGCCGCCAACGCGCCUGGACCAUACGCGAAUGGCACCUACUUCGAGUCCGACAGAGUCGCUGUGAUCAUCGAAGACCGCCCGCUUGAGAACCUGAUACCCCUGAUACUCCACUACUCUGCCGUCCUUGGCCCUGCCUGGCCCGUCGUCCUCUACACGUCCAUGCCAUCCAUCCAGAACUCCUCCUCUCUUCGCCGCUCCCUUGAGGAGAAGCGUAUCAUGAUCCGCUCCCUUCCAGUGGGUCUUAAGUUUGAGACACACUUCGACGUUACGAAGUUCCUGACGCAGCCCUGGUUCUGGGAGCAGCUCGCCCCAGCGAAGAACGUUCUCCUUUUCCAGGCCGAUGCCAUGAUCUGCGGCAAUGCACACUUACGCGUAGACGACUUCAUGCACUACGACCUUGUUGGUGCGCCGAUUCAAUAUGAAAAGUGGCAUGGGCAGGGAUACAAUGGAGGUCUCUCGUUGCGCAAUCGCCAGCUGAUUCUUGAUAUUAUUGCUACGGAUGUUGCGCUGCACCCGUUGGACCCGGAGGCGGAGGAGGAUACGGACAGAUACGAGGAUCAAUGGUACUUCAUGCGAAUGAGAGAGCGCGGAGCCAACCUACCUAUCGAGGAUGUGGCCAAGACCUUUGCGGUGCAGACACUGUACUACGAGUUCCCAAUUGGAUACCAUCAACCGGAGAAGUUCCAGGCCGAGAACAUGACACUGAUUGAGGAGUGGUGUCCCGAGGUCAAGCUAGUGACGAACAAGCUUCUGAAGUGCGAGCCACCGAUCUGCUAA